CUAUCGGCUUCACCUCGGGCACUUGGACUCGGUGGUUACUCGGGCUUCCUCGUCGAUCUUCGCCGGCUCUUUCUCAUUACAAUAAAGAUACAAAAUUCAUUUGUGAAAAUAUAUUUAUCCAAAUUUUUGAAAAAUGAUAUUUUUGAUUUAAGAAUAGCGAUAAAGAUGAAACGUACGGCACUUUGAGAAAUAGCAUGCUAAUAAUGUUACUCUUAUAGCUAUAAAAUGUUUGUUUUAACUUUUUCUCUUAAUUCGUCUGUCGUAUAUGUUUACGGUCUAGUUAAAAAUCUCAUUUUCCGAUCAUUUUUGUACUCUUGAAACAAUAUUGUAAUUUAUAAUAUAAUUUACAAUUAAUUUUGACGGACAUAUUAAUAUAUAAUAUACAUUGCACAAACAAUACUAAUAAUUUAAUAAAUCGUUCAUAAACUUGAAUUUAGCUUUUCACUUUUGUAAUUUUUAGCAUAUGAAAGAUAAAUUGGGGACAAAAAAAAAAAAAAAAAAAAAAAAAAAAAAAAAAAAGAAGGAAUGAAAAAUCGAUGGCUUUGAGAAUUUUAGGAAAUUACGCGGGAUUUUUUCAACGCAGAUAUUCUCUGUUGUAUUUGGCAGGCGGGAGAUAUAACAAAAACUUCAUUACUCACUUUAAAAAACUGGAAAUCGCAUCCUCCACAAUGAACAGACGUAAAUUUACAUCAUCGGGAAACAACAGUAAAAAAAUAAAGCUAUCGCACGAUGAGGAAGAAUCUGUAUUCGAAUCUGAACUUGCAGCGAUGGACGAGUUUGAGGAUGACACGAAUAUCGAAGGAACACAAGUUAUUGGAGAUGGACCGGAGCAAGAAAAUAUACCUUCUAAAUGGAGUAGACCCGAACCUCCGCCGAUUGAUCCAUCAAAGGAUAAUCUAUAUUUUCAACAAAUUGACGUCGAUCAUUAUAUAGAUAAGCCAUUACCCAACAUGCCCGGAAGUAAAGUAGGUCCUGUUCCAAUAAUGAGAAUGUAUGGAGUAACGGAGCAAGGAAAUUCAAUUUGCUGUCACGUACAUGGCUUUAGCCCAUAUUUUUUUGUAUCUGCUCAUUCAUCGUUUAAUAAUUCACAUUGCAAAUCAUUCAAGGAAGCUUUAAACAUUGCAGUUAGAAAAGAUAUAAAGAAUAACAGCGAUAAUAUUCAAGAUUUCAUUUUGGCAGUCGAUAUAGUUGAACGUCAGACAGUCUAUGGAUAUACGGGAAAUAAAAAAUCGCUCUUUUUAAAAAUAACAGUUGCUUUACCAAAAUUAAUUGCUCCAUGCAAAAGAUUGUUGGAAUCUCAAAUUGUGUAUCCAGUAUUGGAUCAUAAAUACGUAGCUUAUGAAAGUAAUAUUGACUUUGACAUAAGAUUUAUGGCUGAUACGCAUAUGGUUGGUUGUUCAUGGAUAGAAUUAAAAAAAGGGACUUGGAAAUUAAGAGGGAAAUAUAAUCAUUACUUGAAUCCAAUUACUAGAUGCCAAAUAGAAGUCGAUGUGGCUUGGGAUUUGUUUAUUGCUCAUGCACCCGAGGGAGAAUGGUCUAAGGUCGCACCCUUUAGAAUUCUCAGUUUUGAUAUUGAAUGCGCUGGACGUAAAGGCAUAUUCCCGGAGCCUAAUCACGAUCCUGUUAUUCAAAUUGCUAAUAUGGUAAUACUACAGGGUGAAAGCGAGCCAUUUUUAAGAAAUAUUUUCACAUUAAAUACCUGUGCGCCUAUUGUAGGAUCUCAAGUGUUAAGCUUUGAAAAAGAAAGUAAAAUGUUAGAAAAAUGGGCUGAUUUUAUUCGCCAAUUAGAUCCUGAUAUAUUUACCGGAUAUAAUAUUAAUAAUUUCGACUUUCCAUAUUUAAUUAAUCGGGCACAGCACUUAAAUGUUAAAAAUUUUAGCUAUUUAGGUAGAAUAAAAAAUAUAAAAUCCGUAAUUAAAAAUCAAGUAUUACAGAGUAAGCAGAUGGGUCGAAGAGAAAAUAAAUACGUUAAUUUUGAAGGACGUGUACCAUUUGAUUUAUUAUUGGUACUUGUCAGAGAUUACAAAUUGCGAUCUUACACCUUGAACGCCGUAAGUUAUCAUUUUUUACAAGAACAAAAAGAAGACGUUCAUCAUAGUAUAAUAACUGAUUUACAAAAUGGAAAUGCGCAAACAAGAAGGCGUUUGGCUGUUUAUUGUUUAAAGGAUGCAUAUUUGCCUCUUAGAUUAUUAGAUAAGCUCAUGUGUAUUAUUAUAUACAUGGAAAUGGCAAGGGUAACAGGCGUAUCUCUUUCCAGUUUAUUAACCAGAGGUCAGCAAAUUAAAGUCGUAUCACAGCUGUUACGAAAGACGAUCGAAAGAGGAUAUCUAAUACCUGUUCAUCAUGGUCAAGGUUCGGAUGAACAAUAUGAAGGUGCUACAGUAAUCGAACCUAUUCGUGGGUAUUACAACGAUCCAAUUGCAACAUUAGAUUUUAGCUCUCUGUAUCCCAGUAUAAUUAUGGCGCACAAUAUUUGCUAUACAACACUUGUACAUACUUCGACUCAAAAUCAAUAUAAUAUUGCCAACGACGAUAUUACCAAAACGCCGGCAAACUCGAGUUUUGUUAAAAGUAACGUUAGAAAGGGAAUAUUACCUGAGAUUUUAGAACAUCUAUUGUCAGCGAGAAAAAUUGCUAAAGCAGAAUUAAAGAAAGAAACGGAUCCUUUGAAACAAAAAGUGCUCGAUGGCCGACAAUAUGCUUUAAAAGUAUCGGCUAAUUCUGUUUAUGGCUUCACCGGAGCACAACAAGGCAAAUUACCUUGUUUAGAAAUAUCUGGCAGUGUCACUGCUUAUGGGCGUACGAUGAUAGAAAAAACUAAACAAGAAGUGGAAUCCCAUUAUCGAAAAGAAAAUGGCUAUGAUAACGAUGCUAUUGUAAUAUACGGCGACACUGAUUCUGUAAUGGUUAAAUUUGGUGUUAAAAGCAUCGAAGAUGCUAUGAAACUUGGAAAGGAAGCUGCCGAAUACGUGACUUCAAAAUUCAUUCAGCCUAUUAAAUUGGAAUUUGAAAAGGUUUACUUCCCAUAUCUUUUGAUUAAUAAGAAACGUUACGCCGGUCUAUAUUUUACCAAACCCGAUAAAUAUGAUAAAAUGGAUUGCAAAGGCUUAGAAACUGUAAGAAGAGAUAAUUGCCCAUUGGUUGCUAAUAUGAUGAAUACGUGUCUUCAGAAAUUACUUAUUGACAGGAAUCCCGAGGACGCACUGGAUUACGCCAAACAGGUAAUUAGCGAUCUCUUAUGCAAUCGCAUAGACAUAUCACAAUUGGUCGUCACCAAAGAAUUAACAAAAACUGAAUACACGGCAAAGCAAGCGCACGUGGAAUUGGCGGCUAAAAUGAAGAAACGCGAUGCUGGCACAGCGCCCAAAUUAGGCGAUCGCAUCCCGUACGUCUUUAUCAGUGGACCGAAAGGGGUACCAGCCUACCAAAAGGCCGAAGAUCCGAUUUACGUAUUAGAAAAUAGCAUACCCAUCGACACGAAUUAUUAUCUAGAAAAUCAAUUGUCAAAACCUCUCGUACGUAUUUUCGAACCGAUACUUGGCGAUAAAGCGGAGUCGUUGCUGUUAAAAGGAGAGCACACGAGAACAAAAUCAGUGGCAACGUCCAAAGUCGGAGCUCUGGUGGCUUUCACGCGUAAGAAGGAAACGUGUUUAGGAUGUAAGGCUGUGUUGACGGCUGAACGGGAGAAAAAUGCUCUCUGUCAAUAUUGCGAGCAAAAUGAAUCGCAAAUUAUUCAGAAUGAAAUUUACAAUGGCAGAAAAUUAGAAGAGAAGUUUUGCAGAUUAUGGACCGAGUGUCAGAGAUGCCAAGGAAGUCUUCAUCAGGAAGUUAUUUGCACAAGCCGAGAUUGUCCAAUUUUUUACAUGAGAAAAAAAGUUCAAAUAGAUUUGGACACGCAAUCGAAGCGAAUUGAAAAGUUUGGGAUUCCAGAGUGGUAGAACCACCUUCUCAUUCAAC